AACCAGUAGUUUAUGAGAUUCGACUACUAUGAAAAUUUGUAACAAAUUACAUACAUAUUGUAUAGAUAUAAAAGAAUUCUUGACAAUGAAAAUUAUGUUAAGGUUACAUGUAUAGACUGUUGGCAGAAUUGUUCAUUGUCUUUUUCUGGUUGAAAGUGUGAUCAUAGUGGUGAGAAGAUGGGUCGUAUGCAUGCUCCUGGUAAGGGUAUAUCCCAAUCUGCACUGCCGUAUCGGCGAAGUGUGCCCACAUGGCUGAAGCUAUCGUCGGAAGAUGUUAAAGACCAGAUUUUCAAGUUGGCAAAGAAGGGCCUGACUCCUUCCCAAAUAGGUGUCAUUCUUCGUGACUCCCAUGGAGUUGCUCAAGUGAGAUUUGUAUCUGGGAACAAAAUCCUUAGGAUCAUGAAGGCUUUGGGAUUGGCUCCAGAUUUGCCAGAGGACCUAUAUUAUUUGAUCAAGAAAGCAGUGGCAAUCCGUAAACAUCUGGAAAGAAACAGGAAGGACAAAGACUCCAAGUUUCGUUUGAUUUUGGUAGAAUCCAGAAUCCACAGAUUGGCACGUUAUUACAAGACCAAGAGUAUUCUGCCACCUAAUUGGAAAUAUGAAUCCAGUACAGCUUCUGCUCUUGUGGCUUGAAUGUGGUCUCUGUUGUUUAUAUUAUAAAAUGUGAAAUAAAGUAUCUUGCUUCAGUA